CUGAUUUUUCAGCAGGAGCUGCAGCACCCAAACUUCAGGCGGCUUUGGCCCCAAUUGAACCAUUCUUGGUCAGAGUGAAAAAAUCUGAGGAGCAAUAGGACCUUGCAGACUUCACAGCACAGUUGGAUCAUAAAUGCGCCAUGAAUCCACAUGAGUAACGUUAGCUUGUUGCGAAAACGGAAUGUUCCUGCGCUGACAGCCCCAUGUCAAUAAAUUACAGACAGUAGCUUUUGAGAAAGAAAUCCCACAAUAUAUCGGGAAGCAAACCAAGAUGGAGUGCGAGUGGAAACCAGACGACCAAGGACUUCAGCAAAUUCUACAGCUUUUGAAAGAGUCCCAGUCUCCCGAUACGUCCACUCAAAGAUCCGUCCAGCAAAGACUGGAACAGCUCAACCAUUACCCAGACUUCAACAACUACUUGAUAUUUGUGCUCACAAAGUUGAAAUCAGAAGAUGAGCCAACCCGGUCUCUGAGUGGUCUGAUCCUGAAGAACAAUGUGAAGGCCCACUACCAGAACUUCCCCAAUGGAGUGUCUGACUUCAUCAAGAGCGAGUGUCUGCAGAACAUCGGAGACUCCUCACCCCUCAUACGGGCCACUGUGGGUAUCCUCAUCACUACCAUCGCCUCCAAAGGGGAGCUGCAGAACUGGCCUGAGCUGCUGCCCAAACUCUGCCUUCUGCUGGACUCUGAGGACUACAACACCUGUGAGGGGGCGUUUGGAGCUCUUCAGAAAAUCUGUGAAGACUCCGCAGAGGUCUUGGACAGUGACAUGUUGGACCGUCCGCUCAAUGUCAUGAUCCCAAAGUUCCUGCAGUUCUUCAAGCACAGCAGCCCCAAGAUCAGGUCUCAUGCCAUCGCCUGCGUCAACCAGUUCAUCAUAAGUAGGACCCAGGCCCUCAUGCUGCACAUCGAUGGCUUCAUUGAGAACCUAUUUGCCUUGGCGACUGAUGAAGAACCGGAGGUGAGGAAGAACGUGUGCAGAGCUCUGGUCAUGUUGCUGGAGGUCCGCAUGGACCGUCUCCUACCACACAUGCACAACAUUAUAGAGUACAUGCUGCAGAGGACUCAGGACCAGGAUGAGAAUGUGGCUCUGGAGGCCUGUGAGUUCUGGCUGACCCUGGCUGAACAGCCUGUAUGUAAGGACGUUCUGUGUAACCACCUCUCCAAGCUGACUCCGGUGCUCGUCAACGGGAUGAAGUACUCGGAGAUCGACAUCAUUCUGCUCAAGGGUGACGUGGAGGAGGAUGAUGAGGCCAUCCCUGACAACGAGCAGGACAUCAGGCCCAGGUUCCACCGCUCCCGUACGGUUGCCCAGCAAUACGAGGGUGACCGGGACGGCAUUGAGGAAGAUGACGAUGAAGACGAUGACCUGGAAGAUGAUGACACCAUCUCUGACUGGAACCUCCGUAAGUGUUCAGCAGCGGCGUUGGAUGUGUUGGCUAACGUGUUCAGAGACGACCUGCUCCUCCCUAUCUUGCCUCUCCUCAAAGAGCUCCUCUUCCACCCAGAGUGGGUCAUCAAGGAGUCUGGAAUACUUGUUCUGGGGGCCAUCGCUGAGGGUUGUAUGCAGGGUAUGAUUGCCUACCUGCCAGAGCUCAUCCCCCACCUGGUGCAGUGUCUGAGUGAUAAGAAGGCCCUGGUGCGCUCCAUCACCUGCUGGACCCUGAGUCGGUAUGCCCACUGGGUGGUCAGUCAGCCACCUGACACCUACCUGAAGCCCCUGAUGACUGAGCUGCUCAAACGCAUCCUGGACUCCAACAAGAGGGUGCAGGAGGCCGCCUGCAGUGCCUUUGCCACUCUGGAAGAGGAGGCGUGUACAGAGUUGGUUCCCUACCUGGCCUAUAUUCUGGACACUCUGGUGUUUGCCUUCAGCAAGUACCAACACAAGAACCUGCUCAUACUGUAUGACGCUAUAGGGACGCUCGCUGACUCUGUGGGACACCACCUCAACAAGCCGGAGUACAUUCAGAUGCUGAUGCCCCCACUGAUAGCAAAGUGGAACCAGUUGAAGGAUGAAGACAAGGAUCUGUUCCCUUUACUAGAGUGCCUUUCGUCAGUAGCCACGGCUCUCCAGAGUGGUUUCCUGCCCUACUGUGAACCUGUGUACCAACGCUGUGUUAACCUGGUGCAGAAGACCCUCGCUCAGACUAUGCUCCACCAGUCCCAGCCAGACCAGUACGAGGCCCCUGAUAAGGACUUUAUGAUUGUGGCCCUGGACCUGCUCAGUGGAUUGGCUGAAGGGUUGGGCGACAACAUCGAGCAGCUGGUCGCGCGUAGCAACAUCCUCACGCUCAUGUACCAGUGCAUGCAGGACAAAAUGCCUGAGGUGCGUCAGAGCUCCUUUGCUUUGCUGGGUGACCUGACUAAGGCUUGUUUCCUGCACGUAAAGCCGUGCAUUGCUGAUUUCAUGCCUAUAUUAGGCUCUAAUCUGAACCCAGAAUUGAUAUCGGUGUGCAAUAAUGCAACAUGGGCAAUCGGAGAGAUAUCUAUACAAAUGGGUGCUGAGAUGCAACCAUACGUGGCCAUGGUGCUGCACCAGCUGGUUGAGAUCAUCAACAGGCCCAACACCCCAAAGACCCUGCUGGAGAACACAGCAAUAACAAUUGGUCGUCUUGGUUACGUUUGUCCUCAAGAGGUGGCACCGAUGCUACAGCAGUUUAUAAGACCCUGGUGUACCUCUUUACGUAACAUAAGAGACAAUGAGGAGAAAGACUCGGCGUUCCGAGGCAUCUGCACUAUGAUCAGUGUCAACCCAGGAGGAGUUGUGCAGGAUUUUAUAUUUUUUUGUGAUGCAGUGGCCUCAUGGGUAAAUCCAAAGGAUGAUCUGCGAGACAUGUUUGGCAAGAUCCUCCAUGGGUUCAAGAACCAGGUGGGCGAGGAGAACUGGGGGCGUUUCUCAGACCAGUUCCCUCUGCCUCUGAAGGAACGACUGGCAGCCUUCUACGGGGUGUAACGCUUUCCAUAGGAACAGGCCUGUUCAAAGGGGGUACGUCGCGCAUUCAUGUUUAAACAUGGUUGAAAAUCUCAUUAGAGCUGAGAUAUCGGAUCUAAGGCAUUUUCGUGUCUCAGUUUGUCAUCCACCUUAUUGGAGCAAAACGAUAAAGCUAGCAAAAUGAUGUUGAUAUUAGAGGUCGACCGAUUAUGAUUUUUCAACGCCGAUACCGAUUAUUGGAGGACAAAAAAAUCCGAAGCCGAUUAAUCGGUCGAUUAAAAAAAUAUAUAUAUAUUAUUAUUUUUUGUAAUAAUGACAAUUACAACAAUACUGAAUGAACACUUAUUUUAACUUAAUAUAAUACAUCAAUAAAAUCAAUUUAGCCUCAAAUAAAUAAUGAGACAUGUUCAAUUUCGUUUAAAUAAUGCAAAAACAAAGUGUUGGAGAAGAAAGUAAAAGUGCAAUAUGUGCCAUGUAAGAAAGCCAACGUUUAAGUUCCUUGCUCAGAACAUGAAAACACAUGAAAGCUGGUGGUUCCUUUUAACCUGAGUCUUCAAUAUUCCCAGGUAAGGAGUUUUAGGUUGUAGUUAUUAUAGGAAUUAUAGGACUAUUUCUCUCUAUACCAUUUGUAUUUCAUAUACCUUUGACUAUUGGAUGUUCUUAUAGGCACUUCAGUAUCGCCAGUGUAACAGUAUAGCUUCCGUCUCUCUCCUCGCUCCUCUGGGCUCGAACCUGGAACACAACGACAACAGCCACCCUCGAAGCAGCGUUACCCAUGCAGAGCAAGGGGAACAACUACACCAAGUCUCAGAGCGAGUGACGUUUGAAACGCUAUUAGUGCGCACCCCGCUAACUAGCUAGCCAUUUCACAUCACAUCGUUACACCAGCCUAAUCUCAGGAGUUGAUAGGCUUGAAGUCUAACUGCAGAGCUGCUGCCAAAAUGCACAAAAGUGCUGUUUGAAUUUAUGCUUAUGAGCCUGCUGGUGCCUACCAUCGCUCAGUCAGACUGCCCUAUCAAAUCAUAGACUUAAUUAUAACAUAAUAACACACAGAAAUGCGUGCCGUAGGUCAAUUAUAUGGUCGAAUCCGGAAACCAUCAUCUCGAAAACAAGACGUUUAUUCUUUCAGUGAAAUACAGAACUGUUCCGUAUUUUAUCUAACGGGUGGCAUCCAUCAGUCUAAAUAUUCCUGUUACAUUGCACAACCUUCAAUGUUAUAUCAUAAUUACGUAAAAUUCUGGCAAAUUAGUUCGCAAUGAGACAGGCGGCCGAAACUGUUGCAUAUACCCUGACUCUGCGUGCAAUGAACGCAAGAGAAGUGACACAAUUUCACCUGGUUAAUAUUGCCUGCUAACCUGGAUUUCUUUUAGCUAAAUAUGCAGGUUUAAAAAUAUAUACUUCUGUAUAUUGAUUUUAAGAAAGGCAUUGGUGUUUAUGGUUAGGUACACGUUGGCGCAACAACAGUCCUUUUUUGCGAAUGCGUACUGCAUCGAUUAUAUGCAACGCAGGACACUCUAGAUAAACUAGUAAUAUCAUCAACCAUGUGUAGUUCUAACUAGUGAUUAUGAUUAAGUUUAAUGCUAGCUAUCAACUUACCUUGGCUUCUUACUGCAUUCGUGUAACAGGCGGGCUCCUCGUGAGGCAGGUGGUUAGAGCAUUGGACUAGUUAACCGUAAGGUUGCAAGAUUGAAUCCCUGAGCUGACAAGGUAAAAAUCUGUUGUUCUGCCCCUGAACAAGGCAGUUAGCCCACCGUUCCUAGGCCGUCAUUUAAAAUAAGAAUGUGUUCUUAACUGACUUGCCUAGUUAAAUAAAGAUUCAUUUUAAUCGGCGUCCAAAGUGACCGAUUUCCGAUUGUUAUGAAAACUUGAAAUCGGCCCUAAUUAAUUGUCCAUUCCGAUUUAAGCGGUCGACCUCUAGUUGAUAUACAGUGCCUUCAGAAAGUAUUCACACCCCUUGACUUUUUCCACGUUAUGUUGUGUUACAGCCGGAAUUUAAAAUGGAUUAAAUUUAGAUUUUCUUUUGUCACUGGCCUAAACACAAUACCUCAUAAUGUCAAAGUGGAAUUAUGUUUUUUAUUAAUUUAAAAUUAAAUGUCUUAAGUCAGUAAAUUCAUGUAAGUAAAUGUCUUAAAUCAGCUUAAAUUCAUGGUUAAAAAUGUGCUAAACAAGUCACAUAAUAAGUUGCAUUGGACUCACACUGAAAUAAUAGUUUUUUAAUAGUGAUUAGUGAUUUUUGAAUGACUACCUCAACUCUGUACCCCACACAUACAAUUAUCUGUAAGGUCCUUCAGGCGAGCAGUGAAUUUCAAACACAAAGAACAGGGAAGCCUGUACAGAAUAACAAUACACAGAUAUAGACAGUUGAAUUUGGAAGUUUACAUACACUUAGAUUGGAGUCAUUUGUGUUCUUCAAACACGCCACAAAUUUCUUAUUACAAACUAUAGUUUUGGCAAGUCGGUUAGGACAUCUGCUUUGAGCAUGACACAAGUCAUUAUUUCACUGUAUCUCAAUUCCAGUGGGUCAGAAGUUUACAAUACACUAAGUUGACUGUGCCUUUAAACAGCUUGGGAAAUUCCAGAAAAUUAUGUCAUGGCUUUAGAAGCUUCUGAUAGGCUAAUUGACAUUAUUUGAGUCAAUUGGUGGUGUACCUGUGGAUGUAUUUCAAGGCCUACCUUCAAACUCAGUGCCUCUUUGACACCAUGGGAAAAUCAAAAGAAAUCAGCCAAGACCUCAGAAAAGAAAUUGUAGACCUCCACAAGUCUGGUUGAUCCUUGGGAGCAAUUUCCAAAUGCCUGUAGUUACCACGUGUACUUUUGUUUGUACAGAUGAACAAGUAUAAACACCAUGGGACCACGCAGCCGUCAUACCGCUCAGGAAGGAGAUGCGUCUCCUAGAGAUGAAUGGACUUUGGUGCGAAAAGUGCAAAUCAAUCCCAGAACAACAGCAAAAGACCUUGUGGAAAUUCUGGAGGAAACUGGUACACAAGUAUCAAUAUCCACAGUAAAAUGAGGCCUAUAUCGACAUAACCUGAAAGGCCGCUCAGCAAGGAAGAAGCCACUGCUCCAAAACCGCCAUAAAAAAGCCAGACUACGGUUUGCAACUGCCCAUGGGGACAAAGAUCGUACAUUUUGGAGAAAUAUCCUCUGGUCUGAUGAAACAAAAAUAGAACUGUUUGGCCAUAAUGACCAUCGUUAUGUUUGGAGGAAAAAAGGGGCAGGCUUGCAAGCCAAAGAACACCAUCCCAACCGUGAAGCACGGGGGUGGCAGCACCAUGUUGUGGGGGUACUUUGCUGCAGGAGGGACUGGUGCACUUCACAAAAUAGAUGGCAUCAUGAGGCAGGGAAAUUAUGUGAAUAUAUUGAAGCAACAUAAUAAUUACCUGGGGUUGUUUCUCAUGGUUCGUUCUAGACCCCGUAGAUCCAGUGAAGGGAAAUAUGAACGCUACGGCAUACAAUGACAUUCUAGAUGAUUCUGUGCUUCCAAAUUUGUUGCAACAGUUUGGGGAAGGUCCUUUCCUGUUUCUGAUUUGACAAUGUCCUCGUGCACAAAGCGAGGUCCAUACAGAAAUAGAGAUUGGUGUGGAAGAACUUGACUGGUCUGCACGGAGUCCUGACCUCAACCCCUUCAAACACUUUUGGGAUGAAUUGGAACGAUGACUGCAAGCCAGGCCUAAUCGCCCAACAUCAAUGCCUGACCUCUCUAAUGCUCUUGUGGCUGAAUGCAAGUCCCUGCAGCAAUGUUCCAACAUCUAGUGGAAAGCCUUCCCAGAAGAGUGGAGGGUGUUAUAGCAGGAAAAGGGGGACCAUUUCCAUAUUAAUCCAAUUCGAUUUAGGAAUGAAAUGUUCGAAGGAUCUGUAUGUGUGGGGGAUGGGAUUAAAGCAUAUUUUUCGAUUAAUAUUGGACUCCCUCUGUCUCUCUCCUACCAGGUCAUUCACUAUGGGAGACGACGGAUUGGAACCUCUUAUACCCAGGGAACAUGUUACCCUUUACUGGGGGUAGGGUCUGCCAGCUGGGGAGGGAAGGGGGUGCAGAUCGUGAACCCUCCUCAACCUUCUGGAUGGGCGGGGUGGGAGGGAGGUGUUAGCCAGCCGAGGCACUCACCGCCCCCCCACGCAACAGGCGAGGGGGACAUGGGGACUGGCGGGCCAAAUUUAUCAAGGGAUGAAAAAUGUAUUUAAUCAUUUCAACAUCACAAUCAGUAAUGAAAAGAUGUCAGCUUAGCUUUUUGUUUCGUCUCUUUUUAAACAUGUUCUUUCAUCCAUGCUCUCCAGCGACGUUAAACAAAACAAAAAAUACGGGGAAAACUUUUGUUGUUUAGUUGUGGUAAAAUCAUGGUUUUAUAUUUACAGAGGGGUAGUGCUGAUUUUGAGGGUAAGCGGUCAGUGAAGAAGAGCUUUUUAAUCAAUACGUAUCGGCCGGAAAGUGUCACUCAGAGGUAGGGGGAGGGAGGGUCUUGGUGUAGAACUAGACUGGAGGAUACCAACCAUAAAAUAUAUGUAGGGGUGCUUAAAAAAAAUCAGGAAGUUGCAUGGAAAUGUUGUUAAUGGUCUCAAAGACAACAUAGUAUCCUCAACAGCCAGGACAACAGCAGCGGAGGGUAUUCGAGUAAAGUAAAUGCUGAUACUAUCAUUAAUUUCAAAAAUAGAACCAGCAAGUUUUUCUUUUUUCUUUGGGAAACUGCCUCUACAUAUCUUAGAAUAAGAAUAGCAUGUAUUUUCUUGUAGUCAUCAAAGUAAUUACAUUGAGUUAAUAAAACAUCUUGUCAGUGCAUAUUUAGAGUAAUAUCAGAGUUUAAAUCUUUAUAGGCAGGUCAGAAGUUGUGUUGCCUAAACCAGUCGGUCAAACGCACAUCACAGACAGAAGUGCAUAUGAUUUUUAUUUGUUGUGGUUGAAAAGUGACUUGUCUUAAAAACAGGAAAUAACUAAGUAGCAUGCUUGCGUCAAAGUUGGAAGUGAGGACAGUGGGUGUACAACGUUAGAGUGACGUCAGUGUGUGGCGUCAUCGGAUAGUUGUGGUAUUUCUUGUGUAGCCCUGUGAUGAAGUUUCUUAAACAACCAUGUAGUUUCUCGUUUUUCAGGUUUUUAUCCCUCCACCACCCCUUUGUUUACCAGAGGCUUUCCCGUCAGUGUCUAGCAUGAACCAGGUUUAGAAAACAUACAAGUCUGGGAACUACCUUUUUUAUAUUCUCAUCUAGUUGAAUCCAUCUAGCAGGGUUUUGGUUGUGAUUCUAAAAAGAGACCGUGAACACUGCUUCAUACAUGUCAUAACUUUAAGGUCAACUUUCUCAGGCAGCCUCUGUUCUGUGCUGUGGAAGUGGCGUGUUCUCUGCAUGCAUGGACGUUUUACUAGCGGCCAUAAUAUCAGACUCUUAGAUGCUUACCUGACUCAUAUUGUUUAAAAUCUCAAUUUCCAUCUUUCUCACCUUUCCCGAAAACAAAACUUUGAAUCGUGGAGACGUAUUUCUAACCUUGUCAGAGGAGGGAGGUAGGGAGCGGGGUAGAGAAAAGGCAUACAGGGCUUUGGCUGAACGUGUUCCUCCUUUGUUCCUUGAGUAUUACUACUGGGACUAUGGCACUGUCUUGAUAGCGUGUCUGUCUCUGACCUUGGUUGGUUGUCGAUCCAAAACUCAACAGCAAGCAAAUCGUUGUUUUAAAUGAUUUUUUUUUUUUUCCUUGUACUGUUUUUUUUCCUUUCUGUUAUUGUGGCUUUGCUUUUUGCUUUAAAAGCACGACCUUUGAGGAUGAUUGUAAUGACCGUUUUGAAUGCAGCGUACUCUAAUGCUUGAUCCCUUGCGUGUUGGUGGCCCUUUACUUCCCAAACCAUUUAGUUGACGUACAAUAUUGGACCUUGUAUCUCAUACAUACCUGCAGGAGCAUUUUUUUCCCCCCCUUAACCUUUUACCCGUAGCCCACAUCCAAAUGUAUUAUCUUGUUAAAUACUGUGACACUUGACCUACUUUUGGUUCCUUUUUGUUUUGGAGUGUUAUUGUUUUUGACAGAAGUCUUGAAGUCGUUGAUUGCCUGAUUUUUAUCCCAUGGUUGUCAGAGAUUGGGUAGGGGAGAAAGCAUCUUUAUGCCCAACCAACUAAUCAUAUUCACUCUGUAGGUGAGUGUAAUCAUUUUUGUAGUAUUUUGUCCCCCCCUCACAAAGAACAUUGGAAGCACUUGUUCAAACAGACUACACAUACACAUACUUUUAGUAGACCCACACAUUUACGUACUCAUAAAGUAUUCAUUUACAGGAGACUUAUAACACUAAACACGUCAUGUAUUACUUCACUGGGUAUUCGAAAUGGUAUAGUCACUUCUAAAUAUAUAUAUUUUUAAACUUGUGGGUGUAUUUGACCUGUUUUUAAAUAUAAGAUUCUCAAUAUCAGAAAUGCUCUAAAAGAUAAAUGGUGUAAACUAAGCCUGGAUAUGAAGUACUGCAGAUAUAGCCACAAACCCUUUCCAAAGCCAACAAACUAAUAAGGUUAUUAUUAUUAUACAUUUUGUAUUAUUGUUAUUUUUGUAACUGUAUUGAUGGGAGGUUUUACUCAUUGGUAACAUGUAGUUAAUGGGACAUUUUAACACUAGUAAAAAAAACAAAAUGAUGGGGUAUGUCAAGUUAGCCUGGAUCCAAACUGGAUUGUUCCUUUUGACUUCACCAGGCUAAUAAGCCAUCAUGGGAUAUAUGGAGGCACUUGUUUCUGUAGUUGUUUUUGUGCCAUGUCUGUUGUGUCCUGAAGUUGAAAUUAAUUUAGUUUUUGUCACAUUCCAGGUGUUUGGCAUGUAAAAAAAAUUGGAUGAGGCAUGGCUUGAUUGGUUUCGUCCUACCACUACUUGUCACACUGAAUUAAAAAAAAAAAAAUACAAACUGAGGGCCGGUUUCCGAGAUACAGGUUAAACCUAGUGGUGGACUAAAAAGCUUGGUGAAUGGAGAAUAUCCACUGAAGUAUUUGUUUAGUACAGGACUUAGCUUUAUCUGUGUCCCCCGCAGAAGCGGUGUGCUGUUUUACCGAUAUGAUGUAGUUUCUUUACUUGAAUAUUUGUUUGUAGUAACCUCAGGAGGUUAUGUUUACCGUUAUUUUUCUUGUUGUUAUUUUCCAAAUGUAUGCCUUUUUUCCAUCUCCCUUUACCGAUAAGAGAUUAGUAAGCCUCUCCUGCUUUAACCCUUGAAUACAGAGCAUAUACCUGUCCAUGGGUGUUUAGUUCACUGUGUUUUGAUAUGUGUGCUAGCUCACCAUUAAGACACUGAGACUUACACACACCCAGAGUCAGUGUCAAAGAAUAAUUGUUAGCUAGAUAUACACAGACAUUCAAAUUGACUUGCAACUUUGAGGAAUAUGAAAUUAGGAAGAGAACUUGCACAUAAUUAAUGCAACUGUGGCAAAGUGAUUGUAAGACAUUUUUAGGUGGUAUUAAAAUGUAAUAUGUACAUGAUGCCUUGAUAACAACUGGAUGAUUUUGAUGGUGAUUUGUAAUGAUGGUGAUUCAUAAUGUUUUCCAAUAAUGGAAGAAAGACCUUGGACAUUAAGCGAAAAACAAAUAGGCUCAUGGCUAUGUUUGCAAAUUGAGGUCUUUCAUUUUGAAGAAGCGAGAGGCAAAAAUAGCUUUAUUGAAAAAUCUUAUUCUCUUUUUAUAGCAUCAACCAACCGCAGUAGAAUGUCUCAUUUAAAAAACACCUCUAACAAUAGCUUAAUACCUUCAUUUAGCCAUGAGAAGAAAAAAACUUGACUAGAAUUUCUCCCAAGUCUGCCUUCACCCUUUUUGCUGAAUAAUGUAAGAAACUAGUUAUUUUAUUUAGAUACAGUACCAGUCAAAAGUUUGGAAACACCUACUCGUUAAAGGAUUUUUAUUUAUUUGGACUAUUUUCAUUCAUUGUAGAAUAAUAGUGAAGACCUCAAAACUAUGAAAUGGCACGUGGUCAUGUAGUAACCAAAAAAGUGUUAAUCAAAACAUUUCAAAUUCUUUAAAGUAGCCACCCUUUGCCUUGAUGACAGCUUGACACACUCUUGGCAUUCUCUCAACCAGCUUCAUGUGAGGUCGUCACCUGGAAUGCUUUUCCAACAGUCUUGAAGGAGUUACCACAUAUGCUGAGCACUUGUUGGCUGCUUUUCCUUCACUCUGCCAUCCAACGCAUCCCAAACCAUCUCAAUUGGGUUGAGGUAGGGUGAUUGUGGAGGCCAGGUCAUCUGAUGCAGCACUCCAUCACUCUCCUUGGUCAAAUAGCCCUUAACACAGUCUGGAGGUGUGUUGGGUCAUUGUCCUGUUGAAAACAAAUGAACGCCCACUAAGCACAAACCAGAUGGGAUGGCGUAUAGUUGCAGAAUGCUGUGGUAGCCAUGCUGGUUUAGUGUGCCUUGAAUUCUAAAUAAAUCACAGACAGUGUCUCCAGCAAAGCACCAUAACUCCACCACCUCCAUGCUUCACGAUGGGAACCACACAUGCAGAGAUCAUCCGUUCACCUACUCCGCGUCUCACGCGGCGGUUGGAACCAAAAAUCUUAUAUUUGGACUCAUUAAAAGGACAUAUUUCCACUGGUCUGAUGUCCAUCACUCGUGUUUCUUGGCCCAAUCAAGUCUGUCCUCCUUAUUGGUGUCCUUUAGUAGUGGUUUCUUUGCAGCAAUUUGACCAUGAAGGCCUGAUUCAUGCAGUCUCUGAACAGUUAAUGUUGUCUAUUACUUGAACUCUGAAGCAUUUAUUUGGGCUGCAAUCUGUGGUGCAGUUAAUUGCAGAUUUGAGGCUGUUAACUCUAAUGAACUUAUCCUCUGCAGCAGCGGUAACUCUGGGUCUUCCUUUUCUAUGGCGGUCCUCAAUGGAGCCAGUUUCAUCAAUGCGCUUGAUUGUUUUUGCGACUGCACUUGAAGACUUGUAAGUUCUUUAAAUUUUCUGUAUUGACUGACCAUGUCUUAAAGUAAUGAUGGACCAUCGUUUCUUUUUGCUUAUUUGAGAUGUUCUUGCCAUAAGAUGGACUUGGUCUCUUACCAAAUAGGGCUAUCUUCUGUACACCACCCCUACCUUGUCACAACACAACUGAUUUGGCUCAAACGCAUUAAGAAGGAAACAAAUUCCACAAAUCAACUUAACAAGGCAUACCUGUUAAUUGAAAUGCAUUCCAGGUGACUACCUCAUGAAGCUGAUUGAGAGAAUGCCAAGAGUGUGCAAAUCUGUCAUCAAGUCAAAGGGUGGCUACUUUGAAGAAUCUCGAAUUUAAAAUAUUUAUUUAACACUUUUUUUCUGUAACUACAUGAUUCCAUAUGUGUUAUUUCACAGUUUAAGUCUUCACUAUUAUUCUACAAUGUAAAAAUGAAGACAAACCUUUGAAUGAGUAGGUGUGUCCAAACUUUUGACUGGUUUCUGUAAAUGCUGAUGAAAUUUUAAAGGCCCAGUGCAGUCAAACUUUAUUUAACUGUUUUAUAUACACUAUGAGACUGGAAUAAUACUGUGAAAAUUAUAAUGCGCUUUUAGUGCGAGUGGUUUUUGAAAAGGCCACCUGAAAUUUCAGCCUGUUUUGGUGGGAUGGAGUUUUGACCUUCCAUGGUGACAUCACCAUGAGGUAAAUUAGCUAAUAGACCAAUAAGAAAGAGGGUUAUAAACCUUUCUGCCAAUAACAGCUAAUUUUCAGUUUUCCCCUCCCCACUCCCAAACAGUCCAAGCAACAUUUUUGCUUGAGAAAUAGAUCUUUGCUAAGAAGCUAUUUUUGUUUAUUUUGGACCAUUUUAAUUGAAAGCGUUGGACCAGUAACUGAAAGGUCACUGUUUUGAAUCCCGAGCCGACUAGGUGAAAGAUGUCUGUGCCCUUGAGCAUGGCAUUUAACCCUAAUUGCUCCUGUAAGUCGCUCCGGAUAAGCGCGUCCACUAAAUGACUAAAAUGUACUUAUUGUUUCCCAGAAAUGAUUUGAUAGUGAGAUAAAAACAGCUUGCAUUGGACCUUUUUUUAAAGGUAAAAUAAUUUUCGGGGCCACCAAAUAUUUUGGAUCAUGCAAAGAAUCUAUAUUGUACUGUAGUAAUUUUGUAAUGACAUUUGUAUGAUGUGAUGGAUGUUAACGGUAAUCACUGCUUGGAUCUGUACAUAGUUGAGAAUAAAUUGUUUACAUAA